AUGUUUUAUUAUGGAAAAACUGAAAAAUGGAAAGUUGGAGAGGCGUGUCAACGUCUGAAAUUGGGAAUUUUCUACUUGAAAAACCAGAAUCCAAACCAUUUGUUUGAGGGGAUUGAAGUAAUGAAGGUACCGAAGGAAACUGUCAGAAUAAAUAAGCUAAACGCGAAGGAAGAAGUGGCAAUUUUUGGAGGAUUUGAUAUCAGAAGAAACGGCGUAGUCAUUGCUACAAUUUCUUUUAUUCAAGAAUCUAUUUACGAUACUAAUCGAACUAGACCCUUCGUGCAAAUGGUCGUUUGGCCAGACUAUUCAUUCGAGCAGGAGAAUUAUUAA